UUAAGGAGAACCUGCUUGCCUUGUUUCCCAUUGGGGCGGCCCUGUCCCAGCUGUCUCCUAGCUUCCAGCCUGCGGAGGCCAGACCCCAACUUGUUGGAUGAGCAGACCCCCCUGGAAGAGCCCGCUGUGUGAGAUGGUGCAGCCCGGAGGCGGCCCUGCAGGGGACCAGGAAAUGCUGGGCGAAGACUCUUCCUUGGGGAAGCCAGCCAUGCUGCACCUGCCCUCCGAGCACGGAGCUCCCGACACCUUCCAGCGCUGUCUGGAGGAGAACCAGGAGCUGCGAGACGCCAUCCGCCAGAGCAACCAGAUGCUGCGUGAGCGCUGCGAGGAGCUGCGGCGCUUCCAGGGCAGCCAGCGCGAGGAGAAGGAGUUCGUCCUGCAGAAGUUCCACGAGGCGCGGCAGCUGGUGGAGCGGCUGGGCCUGGAGAAGCUGGAGCUGCGGCGCCAGAGGGAGCGGGCCCUGCAGGAGCUGGAGCGGCUCCAGAGGAGCCAGCAGCAGAUGGCCGAGGACAAGGCCUCGGUGAAGGCACAGGUCACAUCUUUGCUGGGGGAGCUUCAGGAGAGCCAGAGUCGUUUGGAGGCUGCCACCAAGGAGCUACAGGCUUUGGAGGGCAGGGCCCGGGCCGCCAGCGAGCAGGUGCGGCAGCUGGAGGGCGAGCGGGAGGCGCUGCAGCAGCAGCACAGCGUGCAGGUGGACCAGCUGCGCAUGCAGAACCAGAGCAUGGAGGCCGCGCUGCGCAUGGAGCGCCAGGCCGCCUCAGAGGAGAAGCGGAAGCUUGCCCAGCUGCAGGUGGCCUACCACCAGCUCUUCCAGGAGUACGACAACCACGUCAAGAGCAGCCUGGUGAGCAGUGAGCGCAACAGAGGCAUGCAGCUGGAAGAUCUGAAGCAGCAGCUCCAGCAGGCUGAGGAGGCCCUGGUGGCCAAGCAGGAAGUGAUCGACAAGCUGAAGGAGGCGGCGGAGCAGCACAAGGUCGUGAUGGAGACUGUGCCGGUGCUGAAGGCCCAGGCAGACAUCUACAAGGCGGACUUCCAGGCUGAGCGCCAGGCUCGGGAAAAGCUGGCGGAGAAGAAGGAGGUCCUGCAGGAGCAGCUGGAGCAGCUGCAGAGGGAGUACGGCCGCCUGAAGGUCAGCUGCCAGGAGUCAGCCAGGAUCGAGGAUCUGCGGAAGCGCCACAUGGAGUUCUCACAGCCCCCCUUAGCUCCCGCCCCAGCCCACCACUCCUUCCAAAUGGCCCUGCCCAGCCAGAGGAGGAGCCCCCCUGAGGAGCCUCCCGAUUUCUGCUGCCCCAAGUGCCAGUACCAGGCGCCCGACAUGGACACCCUGCAGAUCCACGUCAUGGAGUGUAUUGAGUAGGGCUGCCCCCCGGGCCUGGGCAGCGCCCUCCUCCUGCCCUCGCUGCCCAGAGCUGGGACUAGGCCCUGAGCUGCCGCAGAACCUCCUGCUUCGGCCUGUGGCAGGCCCACCGCCCUUUCUUCUCUCUCUGUCUGCUUGAGCUGCUUAUCUCUGGGCUCCUCUGCUUCCGUCGCUGCUGGCGGAGUUGAGAUUCAGGGCUGGGCUUCUUGGGGGGUUGCUGCUCUGGGUGGAGCAGCUCAUCUGCUGGGCUUUCAGUGUAGUGUGCCCAUAGUGGAGUCCUCUGCAGCACCACUGAGCGAGGACAGCUGGGUGGCUGGCACCCCGGCAGGGUCCCCCUCCCCUGUUUCCCCGUCAGCCUGUGUGGGGUGUGGCCAGCCCUAGGUGCGCGGCUCUGAAGUGAGCGUUAGCCUCUCCUCAGCUCUCAGGGACCUUUGAUUCUGCGGACAUGGUUGGCUCUGGCUUGGAGCCUUGCCCUGUCUUUGCUGGCCGCCCUCUGUUCUGUUAGUGAGCCCACAGCCCUUGCCUGCGGGAACCUGCAGCCUCCUUUGCCACCUGGUGGAGUGUUUGCGUGGAAGCUGGGUUGCCGCACUGUCCUCUCUCCUUCACUGUGGCGCCGCUGAUGGUGCAGCCGUCCUCUAGCCAGCAGCCCCUUUCUGCCCAUUCAGAUGCCUCUUGUAGUGACAGGCAAAGUUGGAAACCACUGGGGACUGCCCCGCUGUCCUCGAGCCUGACUGUCCUGGCCACAAAGUCAUGGCCUGCCCAGCGCAGAGAGGAGGGCACAGCCACUGCCCGCUGGCACCAGGCUGUGUCAAGGGGUCCCUUCCGGUCUUUGUCACAGUCCUUCCUGCUAGGACACAGGGUUGGUCGGCCUGGAGCCGUCAGGCAUUUGCGCUGUGGGCCGUGCGGACUGGGCAGCUGCAUCUGUCCUGCACCAUUUGCCAGCAGAGCACUUUCUUCCCGAGGGUCUUUGAGUUCCCUACGGCUGCUUUACAGACAGCCUUAAACAGUGACUUAAUGCAAGAGGAGUUCAUUCUCUGCCAGGACCUCUGGCGGGCCUGAAGUCUGAUCCAAGUGGGGCCGGAGUCAGGUGCCCUGGAGGCCCCAGGGGGAUUGCUUCUGGGCCGACCCGCCUUCUGCUGCUUUCUCACUGUUGCGCUCGUGGCACAGGGCUACUUCUCUGCCCCCGCCAGCAAGUCGGCAUCGGUGUUGGCGUCGGCUUUUAGCCGUCUGGCUGCUUGGAGGCUGGGUUUCCAGAGGCUUCCAGGGUCGGUGUUUGCAGCCCUCUCGUGAGGGGAGCAGCCUGCCUCCCUUGUGCCUGUUGCCCUGGCUUCCACGGGCCCGGGUGUGGGCGAACUCGGUGCUGCCUGUCUGACUUGCCACCGGGGGGGGGGGGGGGGGGGUGUCUCAGCUCAGACCCCGGCAGCCAGCAGGGCGAGCACUGUAAAGUGCGUCAGCCCCUGGGCCCUCAAGCACCUGCACUUCUGUGAACAAAAGAAGGGCUUCUGGUGCCCAGUGGGCACGGGGCAGGACAGGCUGCUCUGCUCGGGUGGUGCAGUCGGGUGUGUGCAGUGCCAGCAAGGUCCUGUGAGUGCACGCUGCGGGCAUGCGGCAGAGCCGGGAAGGGGGCUGGAAUGCCAGUAAGGCAGAAGCUACCUGUGCCCGCUUGCCGCUGCUGGCAGACGUGGGUGGGGGCUGCGGUCACCAGUUCCUGCUUUAUUUAUGUCAGCUCCUAAGUGCCCUUAAUUUGCAUGUAUGACUUUGAUAUACAGAAAAUAUAUGUCGCUGCAGUGUC